CACGGUCAUUGAUAACACAGAAUUUACCUGAUCGACGCAUUGAUUUUUCAAUAAUAUAUCGUUAUAAUUAAUUACCACACAUUUAAUACAAUCAGAUCAGUGCGUAACCGUUUUUCAUCAUGACAACACGAUAUUGUUAUGAAUAAAUAGUUUUCAAUUAACACAUUAUUGUUAAUGGAGCCUUUGUUCGAAACGAGUUCGUUUCCGAUUUGCAACGGCUUUGGAGUAGUCGCGUUUGAGAACAGACGCAUUGCGCAUGCGCAGCACUGUUCCGCACACAAACGUAAAUAUUUACACACGCAGGUCGUGCGUGCGAGUUGGUCAUUAAUUAUAAAUUUUUUUUUGGGCGUCUGACGAGUCGUGAGGCGGCCAAAAUGUCGACAGUCGACAAUAUCGGAUUCGACCGUUUCCAGACCCUACUGGCGAUUUAAUUAUUAUAAUAUUUGAUUUUUUUUUUUUGUUAUCGUCGUAGACAGAGCAAUAUUAUUAUCAUCUCGUGUCGCGGACGCGACGAGAGUGCUCGUUGAUCGAUAAUAAUAUUUACAUUUUUUUUUUGUUGUAAAUAAUCCGAUCCCCGCUUACCACCACCGGAACAAUUAUCGAGUGUCCGCGAUGCCGAACAACCAGUUCAUGCACCCGAGAAAUAUUUACCGGACGCCACCUGCGUUCAAGGAGCUGGCGGCAAAGUAUCCGGAAUUCAACAAAUACGCGUCAGUCGGCUUGAACGGCAAAAUCACUUUCGACUUCAAAAAUCAGGACGGCCUCAGAUUGUUGACCACUAUACUGUUGAAGAAAGACUUCGACCUAGACGUGGAUUUGCCCGUCGGCAGACUGGUACCCACCGUGCCGUUGCGACUCAACUAUUUGCUGUGGAUCGAAGAUCUGUUCAACUUGAACUACGACAACACGAAGAAGAUCAAAGGAAUCGAUAUAGGCACAGGUUCAUCAUGUAUUUAUCCAUUAUUAGCAGCUAAACAAUUUCAGUGGUCCAUGGUCGGUACUGAUAUCAAUAAAGAAUCUAUUAAAAAUGCUAUUAAAAAUGUAGAAAAAAAUAAUUUACAACAUUUAAUUCAAGUACUGGAGGUAUCGGAAUGGGAAAGAUUAUUGCCAGUAGCAGUAGAUGAACAUUAUGACUUCUGUAUGUGUAACCCACCUUUUCAUAGUCUUUCAAAAAUAAAUUCAUCAGAUGAUGAAGCAGAUAGUGCAGUUGGGAUUACUUCUGAAAUGUAUACAAUAGGUGGAGAAGUUGAUUUUAUAAAAAAAAUGAUUAACGAAAGUGAAACAUUACAGAAUUCGAUAAGUAUUUAUACAACAAUGGUUGGUUAUAAAUCAUCAUUAGACCCUCUAAAAAAUGAACUGAAAGCUAUUGGAGCAUGUACAAUUGCAGAAGCUGGUUUCUUUCAAGGUCGGAAUGCUCGUUGGGGGCUUGCUUGGACAUUUCAGCCGGAUAUAAAAUUAAAGGAUUUUUUGCCUAAUAAGGAGUUUCAAAAGGAGAAGUUGAAACUUAGACCUCCAGUGUCUUUCAAAAUUCCAGAAUCGUAUGACUCUACAACUGCGCUAGCCAAACUAUCAGAACUUCUAGAUAGUCUUAAGCUGUCAAUCUCAAAAUUACAAUCAAAAAUUAGUGAAAAUGUCUUAUACCAAGCUGACAUUCAAGCAUAUGAAAAUACAUGGACACAUCAAAGAAGAAAGAGGCGAAUGGAAAAAAGAUUAGCUGAUUGCAAACGUCAAAAAACAAAUGAUAGUUGUUUACUCAUUGCAUCUGAUGAUGAAAGGGUGGAUCAGCAUUUAGAGACCACAGUGAAUGCCAAACCAUUAUUUGCGGCUACAUUAGUUUUAAGAAAGUCAGACAAUACAAUUUUGAUAGACAUGUUGCACUUGGACGGCAAUAGAGACAAUUCAUAUCAAGUUUUUCAGUUCUUUAAGAAUAGAUUUAUAUAAUGGUUUCAUGUGACACAAAUUUAGGAAAACCAAAUCCAAGGCUAUCCGGCUGCGUGCUUGGUCGUUGGAAAUUCUCCCAAGAUGGAUCAGGCACAAAACUCUCAACUAUGUUGCAUGGCUAUGAAAUGACAAAGGUAGUUAAAGUAUUAGUAAUUUAUCUUGUAUUUUACAUUUGUACAUAACCACUAGAAUAAUAUAUUUGCACAUUACAAUGCGAAUAAAUAUUGCUUAUUUAUGUUGUUUUUUUUUUUAUUUAUUUAUAAUGAUAAAUAGUAUUAUAAAAGUUAUUGUUAUUUUUGACUGAAAAUUAUAUUUAUAUAAAUAUAAAUUAUAAAAAUGUUA